CCGUAUGAAGAGAAGAAGUCUGAUGUUGAAGAGACGUUUGAUUCUCCUGAUAAGUCAGCCCACUAUCGUGUCUCGGUCGGUCUGGGGCUCUAUAGAGACAAGGAGACUAAUUCCCGUAUGAUGGGAAAAACUGAUGAUGGCAUGGAAAUUAAACAGUACGAUGCGGCUUCAAUACCGAAAAAGCUCGAUCCGGAGGAAGAAGAACGAGAGCGCCAAGCAUGUGAAUUAAGGGUACGUCAGGAAAUGGAUUAUGACAACCGGGAUAGCAGUGUGGAUACUGGCCGUGUUCGCCUCCACCUUUAUCCCUGCAAACAUGUUCUGGCUGUUUUUGUUGUUCCGAGGUAUAUAGUCGGUGUUGGUGAAGCCUCAUAUGCUGUCAUCUCUCCGUCAAUAAUUGCCGACAUGUUCACUGGAGAGAACAGAAGUCGAAUGUUGAUGUUCUUCUAUUUUGCUAUUCCUUGUGGAAGCGGCUUGGGCUUCAUGGUGGGUUCUUCGGUCGCCGCGCUAACUGGCGAUUGGAAAUGGGGUGUUCGUAUCACUGCAGUACUAGGUGUCAUUUGUCUACUUGCAAUCAUCGUAUUCAUUCGAGAACCAGAACGAGGUGGAGCAGAGCGAGAAAAAGGUGAAAUUGUCGCUGAAGUGGUCGCCAGCAGUUAUCUUGAUGAUCUCAGAAGCCUUGCCACAAAUCUCACAUAUAUGUCUUUUCGACGGCUGGUUAUACGGCUAUUGUUUUCGUUGUUGGAACUCUCACUUGGUGGGCUCCUACGGCCAUUGAGCACUACGACGCCAGCAAACAUGGACUUAACAGCACGGAUGACCUCAAUCCUGACACGAAAAGCGCAGGUCAACCUGAUUUUUGGUGCCAUCACAUGUAUCGGCGGCAUAGCCGGUGUUGGUAUCGGAUCGACGCUCGCAGGUUUCAUACGCACGGGUUAUGGACCAUUUUAUUACGUACAAACCCAACGAUCGGAUGCGAUUGUUUGUGGACUAGGAGCUCUGAUUGCCGUCCCGACAUUGUUCUUUGCCAUUCAUGAAAUACCGCAUAGCAUGGCUGUGUGCUGGGUGAGUCCUUUGUUUUGU